AUGAUCGACGUAAGUCAAUCAUUCACCAAACGUAAGCAAGCCUACGCAGCCUUGCAUACGAUUUGUACAACAUACAAGUACAAAUUGUACAACUUGCGUUGUACAAUUUGUACAACGCAAGUGGACAUUGCCGCUGCAGAUAAGGAAUUUCUCGUUCGGAACGGAGUCAGCACCUACAAGUGUAAAGAGUGCACCAGAGAGCAAGGAACCAAUCCGUCUAGGCUUUGCAUCCACGACUUGCCCAGCAGUAUGAAGCCCGGCAUUGAAGCGUAUGAUGUGCCGGACGACGUUGUGCGUAAGGAAUUGGAGCCGUAUGGCAAGGUCCUGGAAGUGAGCCGGGAGAAGUGGAAUGUUGAAGGCUUCCAAGGGAUCGAAUCAACGACAAGGUGUGCGCGGAUGACACUGAACGAAGGCGGCACGGCCGAUACCAUGCCACACCAGCUUCGGAUCCAAGGUGGUAACGUACUUGUUGUGAUCCCUGGUCGGGCGCCCUUGUGCUUACGCUGUAAGCGCACAGGUCAUAUUCGACGAGAAUGCAGGGCGCCGAAGUGCUCGGAGUGUUUUCGCUUCGGGCAUUAUGGCACCGAAUGUGUCAGGUCGUACGCCAGGGUGGCCAGCGGGGCCGGGACGGCCGAGGCCGAGACCAAUGACCACGCCAUGGAUGCCGAGGAAGCGGAGCGUACUAUCCAGGGCUUGGCGCCAGAAGUUUCAACCCCUGCCAAAGAACGCAAGAGUGAAGGAAGCAGCUCCUUGGGGGCAGCGAGAGAGAACGGAGGUCAACCGGAAGGCGCACCUCCCAGCGGUGCCGACGUGAAACCCUCUGAUGCCGGAACAGACAAGGAAUCGAACGACGCAAGCACCAACGGACCUUCAGAUAUGGACGACACCAGCGAGUCAACUAAGCGAGCCUUCGAUGACGAUACGGCAGCAGGAAACGGAGCACGCCAACUACACCCCUGGAUGGAACGCACGAAGAAGGGGCGUUACCAGCCCGCGCCCAACGAUCCUAAAGAGGAACGUCGGCGCAGGGAAAGCAAGUAAGGCGUUCUUUGCCUGGUUUCCUGGUGUUUAAGAUUGCUGCAUCAAGACAACUUGGACCCUGACUGCUUAGGUUUUUAGUGUCUGCA